GAGUCAUGAAAGAAAAUGGAUUUCAACUGCUCUUAAUGCUAACAAUCAUUCAGUGAUCUACGAAGAUGGAAUCUAGUGCUAUGACUUAUUGAUGACUUACUUCUCUCGUUCGGAGUAGGUGGGGUUUGAACAUUUGGACAUUCAUGAGCUCGGGAUUAUUUGACAGGAGAGUAUCAGCUCGUCACGUUGACCACGGCCAUCUUUAAAAGACUGGACAGUGUUGACUGAACCGAGCGCUGAUGAUGAAACAGGAAUGAGAGGUGAAUCAUUAACAGAAUUCAAUUUCAGAAUUGGGGAGAUAAUGGAUUGUUCAAGAUUCAAUAUUCCAUCUGAUGCAUUUUAGAGUCUGUUUUCUACUGUGCUCUUCCUUGCCAACUGAUGGUACAAACAGAAUGUGAACACCAGACGUCAGUACUGCGUCUGUCACUUAAGUUUGUGGCUAGUGUUGUGUUCAGAUACUACAAAUGACUAGUUUUCGUUUAUGUUAUUAGACCUUUAUUUGAAAAAAACUAUCAAUAGUCUCGUUUUACUCAAAAAUACUAUUUUUCUACACACCAUGGGUAUUUUCUUCGCAAAGAAGAAACCUCCUAGCCGGAUUACUGAACAAGAUAAGGCAGUAUUGCAAUUGAAACAAACGAGGGACAAAAUUAAACAAUAUCAGAGGAGAAUUGAGCAGAGUAUCGAGAAGGACCGAGAACUGGCGAGGAAGCUUAUUAAAAACAACAGAAAAGAACGAGCUUUAUUGCUCCUUCGGAAGAAAAAAUUCCAAGAGCAAGUACUCACCAAGACUGAUGGCCAGCUCGAGAAUAUUGAGACAAUGGUCCAUGACUUGGAAUUCGCCCAGGUCGAGGCCAAAGUAAUCGACGGUCUGAAGAUCGGCAAUACAGCUCUGAAGAAGCUUCACGAUAUUCUCUCGAUCGAGGAGAUUGAGAGGGUGAUGGACGACACGAAGGAGGGUAUUGAGAAGCAGAAGGAAUUGGACGACUUGUUGUUGGGUACGUUGACUCAGGAGGACGAGGGCGAAGCCGAGGCUGAGCUCGAUGCGCUCUUGGCGGAGGAGACAAAGGAAAUGCCUGAAGUUCCGGAUGAUGUUUUACUGCCUGACGUACCUGACGAUAAAAUUGAAAAAGAAAAGAGUAAGGACUUUUUAACUUUCUCUCUCAUUAUUCAACUUUCGGUGUUUACUGUACGUUCUUUCAUUUCAGAACCUGCGAAGAAAGAGAAGACAGAAGAACCCAUCGCAGUGGAGGCCUGACUCGAACAAUAACUAACCUUUUGAUUGUAAUGUAAAUAUUUGUACAGACUGGCUUUUAACAAUGACGAAAAUACGAAAUAUAAGAGAAUUGAUAAAUAUGAA